GGCUUCUGAUUUUAAAAACUAUUUUCGUAAACCAAAUAGAGCAUAACACUGUUAUCUAAGUGCAAGCUGAAGACUUGGAAGCAUGAUCACAGUGCCAUAAUUUUUAAAGGCAAUUGUCCGAGUUUGCCUUGUUCUGCUCAGAUUCCUUACAUCUUACUUUAUAAAUCUAUAUUUGUUUCCUAAAUAAUGGCAUGGGUUAAAUUCUUGAGAAAACCUGGAGGAAAUCUUGGAAAAGUUUAUCAGCCUGGAAGUGUGAUGUCCCUGGCCCCCACCAAAGGCUUGUUAAAUGAACCAGGACAAAACAGUUGCUUUCUUAACAGUGCUGUACAGGUUUUAUGGCAACUUGAUAUAUUUCGUCGAAGUUUAAGAGGUCUCACGGGACACGUUUGUCAAGGUGAUGCCUGCAUAUUUUGUGCUUUGAAGACAAUAUUUUCCCAAUUCCAACAUAGUCGAGAAAAAGCUCUCCCAUCAAAUAACAUGAGACAUGCCUUGGCUGAAAGUUUUAAAGAUGAACAGCGAUUUCAGCUUGGUUUAAUGGAUGAUGCAGCAGAAUGUUUUGAAAAUAUCCUUGAGAGGAUUCACUAUCACAUAGUACCAAGCAAUGGAACAGAUAUGUGCACUUCUAAAUCCUGCAUAACACAUCAGAAGUUUGCCAUGACAUUAUAUGAACAGUGUGUAUGUUGCAGUUGUGGGGCAUCUUCAGACCCCUUGCCUUUUACAGAAUUUGUGCGUUACAUUUCAACAACAGCAUUAUGCAAUGAAAUUGAUAGAAUGGUGGAAAGGAAUGAACGACUCAAGCCAGAAAUGUUUGCUGAACUGCUUCAGGCUGCGAAUACUACAGAUGACUUUAGGAACUGUCCUAGCAACUGUGGCCAAAAAAUUAAAAUCCGUCGUGUUCUAAUGAAUUGUCCAGAAAUUGUUACCAUAGGAUUAGUCUGGGAUUCUGAACAUUCUGACCUGACAGAAGAUGUCAUCCGGAAUCUGGCAACACAACUUUAUCUUCCAGGGUUGUUUUAUAGGGUUACUGAUGAACAUGCCAAAAGCAGCGAGCUUUUUCUUGUGGGGAUGAUAUGCUAUGCAAGCAGACAUUACUGUGCCUUUGCCUUUCAUACCAAGAGCUGUAAAUGGGUGUUAUUUGAUGAUGCUAAUGUUAAAGAGGUUGGAACAAAAUGGAAAGAUGUGGUGUCCAAGUGCAUUCGGUGUCACUUUCAGCCAUUGCUACUAUUUUAUGCAAACCCAGAUGGUACACCGGUAUCAACAGAAGAUGCGCUUCGGCAUAUAAUUCACUGGUCACAUUAUAAAGCCUCUAUGGGAAAUGAAGAAGAACUUGGUUUUGAGAAAUCUACUUUUCUUAAAUCAGAUUGUGUAAAAGAGAAUGGAUUUGAAAAGGGGGAAGAAACUGUUAACCAGAAGAGUAAAAAAAUUCAGCUAGAAAACUCUGCCUUUACUCGGAACUAUACUCAACCUAUAGCAUUUAUUGCUGCAGGUAAAUUGGGACAUACUGAGCAUAGGGAAAAAGCAAAAGAUAUUUCCAGAGAGUGUGCUCAAAAGGCAGCUGAGAUGAAAAGUUACGCAUCAUCAUUGAUAAAGGAUCCUGACCGAGGAUCAAGGAGAGAAUCUGGAAAACAAAAAGAUCUAUCUGGAGAAAUACACACUAAUUUUAAGCCAGGAUCACCACCCUCUGCAACUGGAUUUAGGCAUAUUUCUAAUGAACAUCUAUAUGGUAGUCAAGGGAGAGGACCUUAUAGACAUGAAAAGGUGCACAAUCCAAUUAGACCCACUGUCCAGAUGUUCAGGUCUAAUAAAACAGAAAGUGUAUCUGAUGCAAAGAAGAUAAACCACAUGAAAGCUGACUGCACAGCUGGUUAUGAAACAGAUAGUAGCCAAGAUUCUAAAGACAAAGGAAGUGUCAGUAGCAGCAGAAGUCGAAGCCGAGGUUGGAAACCCAUGCGAGAAACCCUGAAUGUGGAUAGCAUCUUUAUUGAAUCUGAGAAAAAAUAUUAUAGCUCAAAAUCCAAGCUAAAUGCAAGCAAUAAACCCAAACAUGAAAAGGAGCAGAGUUCAGUCAAUUGCCCUAGAGAAAAUCAGAGUCAGAAAGGUCUGAUGACUAUCUAUGAAGAUGAAGCAAAAGAAGCAGGAAGCCAGAAUUCAUUGGAUUUGGAAAGGAAAGGAAGUAGAGAAAAAAACACAGGAUUUAUAGAGAGAAAGGUUCAUACUGAUAAUUGGCAAAUACAAAGGACUGAAUCUGGCUAUGAAAGCAGCGAUCAUAUCAGCAAUGCAUCUCCUAACUUGGAUUCACCAGUUACUGAAGGAAGCAGUCCUGUUGACACCAACACUCUGAAAGACAAUAUUUCCUGCAGUGACCAAAACCUAACAGUCAGAUAUUCUGGAAAUGUCUUGCAGUCUUUCUCCCAGCAGAACAAAAAUUCUUUGGAAGCACUGAAGAAAGGUCAGGUUAAUACGCAUAUUAACUACAAGCCACAUAACUUACCAUCAACUUCUCAUCUGCAGAUACACAGGACUGAUGUACCAGAUUGCAAUAAGAAGUCUUCACACUCAUUAACAGUGCAGACAGCUUUAAAGGAUCACAUUGAAAAAGAAAUGAAAAACAGUACAAUAAGUGAGCAAAGCUCUAUGCCAUGGUCCAGUGAAGAUGUACCUACUGAGACAACCAUCUGUAGUGCUGACAGUUCAUUUUUUUCUUAUAUUGGUGAGAAUGGAACCAUGUCUGAAAGAGUUCAAAACAACUGUGAAUCUUUAUCUACCCAAUUGCAAGUCCCCUGUCAAGUAUCUCAGACAGGGACAGUUAGAUCCAUGCCUACCCUUGCAUUUUUCUUACAACAGAAUAAACCCAAGCCUUGCUAUACUGAAUCUGCUCCAUCUACUGGACAUAAAAUUAGCAUGUACAAUACCAAGUAUGAUGAUGCAACAGAAGCAAUUUACCAAAAUCUUCCACCACCUUUACCACCAAAGAAAUAUGCUCUGGCUCAUUUGCAUGGUAUAGAACAAGAAAGCAUUGUGGAUUUAAACUUGACAGAAGUUCUGUGCACAAAUCCUCCAAAAAUUGAAAGGCAUGUUGCAAGUACUAUUUCAAAAAGUAUACCAGAGGCAAGUUUGUUUGCAGAUGAAGAAAGACUUAAAGCAUUCCAUUGGAAUGAGUAUUCUAAGACAAGCUUUUCACCGAGUUUGUUAGGAAAUGGUUUAUGGGCUGUAUCCAGUAAUCCUUCAAACAAAAGGACUUGUCUUACAGAACCAAAUUCUAGUUCCCUGGAUGCAAAUGCAAACGAUGUUGUAUCGCUUACUACUUAUUUCUCAGUUGAUAAUUGUAUGACUGAUACUUACAGGAUUAAAUACCACCAGAGACCAAAACUGUGUUUUGCAGAUACUGGUAGAUUAAACAAAGAAAGAUCUUUGUCACCUACUGGAAUGCGGUUGGACCAUCACACUUCUGAAUCAAAUCAUCCUGUAGCUCAGCAGAAGCAUAAAUCUAGUAUUGGAAAUGUGUAGUGAAAUAACUAAAAUGAAUGAUUUGGGAAUUAAUAUAAAUCCUUAAAACUCCAACCCAAUGUGAUAUUUUGGUUUACGUACCUCAGCUAUAUUUCAUUUGGAAGUUAUUAUUGAACUCUGCUUUGCUUGUGCUUGUGUGAUAAAGAAAUAUCAAAGAGGGUCUUAUGCUUUUGGAAAUGACGAUUUUGCAUAAGUUAAAUGCAUAAUUCAACCAAAGUGGCUAUUCUUUUAAAUGGUUAAUUUAUAAAAUAUUUAAACUUGCUUUCAUAUGAUAAAUAGGUGCAGCUUUUUUAUUAAAAAAAAUAAUACCAUUCCUUUUUAACAUGAUUUGAUCUAGAACAUUUCAAACCACCACACAAAGAUUUGAAAGUAUUUUUUGGCUCUGAUCUCACAGUUGAUUAAAUUUAUUACUAACUAUGGCACUUUUAUAGAUUACAAAAACAAUCAUGUAUCCUUCUAUUUUCAACUCCCAUAUUGUUUAUACAGUAGAACAUUUUUAAGCAUAAUUGCUUAAAUUUAUUUUGAAUGUUGAAGAACUCUCAUGAAGAAAAUCUUUCACAGAUUUGAAGUGGGGAGGAUUUAUUUUAUUACCAUAUAUGCUUGCAGAUAAACCAGCCUCGUGAGUAUAUAUGGUAAUUUGUACUGCUUUGGAUAAAAGAAACAUGACUGAAAUAUAAGGAUUAUUCUUACGCACCAAAGGAUACAUGCAAUAACAAGGUAGUAUAAUCUUUGUAAUGGCCUUGGGAGUUUUUGUCCCCCUAUGAAAACUGUUAUGUAAAGUUUGUCACAACAGGAAAUUUUUAGUGAUAUAAAUUGUUUACAUGCACUAAUUUUAUUUCCAUAUAAAGGCACUUUCAAGCUUGCUAUGUAAAAAUCAAAUAUAGUCAACAUACACUGUACUACCUCAGUAUGGCGAUGGAUUUUUUUGCUUAGUAUAUAUAUCAGAGGUGUGCCAAACACUUCAAUUUUUGAAAUGCCCCCUUUCAAGAGAGAGAGAGAGGGAGAGUAGUUUAUGGGUUGACAUAGAUGGGCUGCAUGUUGUAGCUCUUUCCAGGCUUCCAUGUCUGAUGUCAUGGAAGUUACGACUUCCCUGUGAACUGAUUAGCUCCAGGGCAAAACCUUUCACAGUGUGAAAUACUGCAUUUUCUACACAGUUAUGAGUGUAUAAAAUUGGCUCCCUAGGGAGAGUGGUUCUUGCUAAGGAACUGUGAGCAGCCAGAGAGUAACAAAAGUAUUUUUAAAGUACUUAAAAAUUCUGGCUCUGAGAUAUCUAGAACCUUUGCAAGAUAGUGAAAAAGUACAUUUAAUGGGUAUUCACUUCCCCUUAUAUUCAGGUACUCUUAAUUAGAAUAUCAAUAGUCACACUACUGUUUUGCCAUGUUAAACUGGCAGGAUAGGAAAUUUUAUGACAGACUUAUUUUAAAACUCCUAUGUUAGACUAAUCUAGAAUCUAUUAAAUGCUGGAAGCAUAUGCUAAUAUUAGAACUAUGCACAAAAUGAUAUAUAUAUAUAUAUAAUCAUUAAAAACUUACAUUUUGUAGUAGACAAAAAUUAAUCAUUUAUCCGUUUUUCUUGAAUCAGUUAUCCAGGAUCUCAUCAUCAUCUUUUAAAUAUUUGAAAUAAUGCCUUAAUAAAGUCUUAGAUUUUAUUGUAAUAUAUAUUAUGGUAGCUAGAGUUUUAAAUAACAAUGGUUUCUCACAUCAUACAGUACUUUAACUAUGAAAAGUAUGCAUAGCAGUUGUUUGUAAUAAAAAUAAUUUAAGUAUAUUGCUGGGCUGCAAAAAUGGUCAUAAAUGAAUUGUAUAAAUAUAUUUUUAUAUUAAAGUUGCUGUGGAGAAUAAUAUUUAAAUCUUGCAUGUAUAGAAAGUACUCUGAUUUUCCUGAAGUCUUAUUUGAUACCAGCAGAGACACAAAGAUAAAUGCUGAUCAGUUGGGCCUGAAGAUACUCCUUUUUAAAGAUUUAAAUGGAAUUCACAUGCAGUUGUUAGGUAAAAAUGCAUUGUAUGGCACAGUCCUUUUAAAAAUUCUUUGGAUAAGCAUUUUAUAUUAAAAUAAUGGUUACAAAGGUGGUCCUGGAAAAAAAAAAUGUAAAUGUCUUAGUUUUCAGUAUGAUAGCUGUUAUAAUUUGAAACACUCCAUCAUCAGUUUGCAUUGUAGUUGGAUUAAACACAAAUGCAAAUUUGUGACUUUAACCAAAUAGGGAAAAUCCUAUUACAAUUGGUGGUUUAGUAAAGACUUUGGGCCUAUUCAGAACAUUAUUGUAAAAUAGGGGUGCUUGCAUGCUCCCUACAAUAAGGAAUAUGACUGCAUUUUAAUUCCACAUAUAUGUUAAUGAGGAAGUCUUUCUGAUUAUACCCGCUAAACUUUCAGAGAACAAAAUAUCUGAAUGAAAGCCAGAUAGGUCUAGUGAUUAAGAUGCAGGAUUAGGAGCAGGAAGACAUGAGUUUUAGUCCUGCCUUAGACACAAAAGCCAACUGAGUGACUUUGAGCCAGUUAUUCUCUCAGCCCUAGAAAGAAGCACUGGCAAAUCAUUUCAGAAACUAUUCCCUAGAAAACUGCAGAGUCAAGUUGAAAGUACCAAAAAAGGAGAAAUAUGCCUUUUGUUUACUGACAGUAUCUUAACUAUUCCCCCCCACCCUCUUCAAGUUAGUCUUGACUCCUGGCAACUACCUGGACAAGUCCUUGCUGUUUUCUUGACAUUUUUUAAAGUAGUUUGCCAUUACCUUCUUCCUAGGGCUGAGAGAGUAAAGUGGCCCAAUAUCACCCAACUGGCUUUGUGCCUAAGGUGGGACUAGAACUCAAGAGUCUCUGCUUUCUAGUCUGGUGCUUUAACCACUGCACCAAACUGACUCUGUCUUAACUAUGAAUGUAAUCUCUACAUUGUUGGUUUCUUGUUAUGCAGCUGACUUAGCUUUUUAAUUAAUUAAUUAAUUUUUAUCCCACCUUUAUUAUUUUUAUAAAUAACUCAAAGUGGCAAACAUACCAAUACUCCUUCCUCCUCCUAUUUUCAGCAACAGCAACCCUGUGAGGUGAGUUGGGCUGAGAGAGACUGGCCAGCCGAAAGUCACCCAGACGGCUUUCCUGCCUAAGGCAGGACUAUAACUCACAGACCCCUGGUUUCUAGCCCAGCACCUUGACCAUUAGACCAAACUGGCUUUUGAUCUUGUUGGUAUCUGUCAUGCUUCAGAGUGCUUUUUCAGAAGAUACUGAUUUAUUUACAGCAUGUAUAUUUAACACAUUCAUGAUUACAAGUAAAACAGAGAAGUAACUUCAUCUCAAAGUAACUAAAAUUACUGAUUUCUGAUAUUUAAGUUUUUUAAAUUAAAAAAAAUUAAGCCUGAUUUCAUUCCUGAUAUGCAGGUAAUACGUAAUACCUUCAUAGGUAAAAAUGGAGCUACAAUAAGUACUGGAAUCAAAGUGUACAGUUGAAAGCUGUUACUGAAAUUAUUUGAAUUUGCAAUAUUUAUGUUAAAACAAAUGUGAAUUUCCCUCUGUUAAGAGCAUUACUAUAUUUUAAAAACGUAAAGCAAAUGUUCAUUUCCUGUAUAAAUGAGAAAUGUUGGAUUUGUGAGUACAUGUCUUUUGAAGGAAUAUAAAAGUCUUAAUAGACA